UGUGACAUUUGGAAGAAAAAUCACACCAGUAGUGAUGGCGUUGCAUGUUGAUUCACAUCGUGCAUAUUGCCCAUUACAAAAUAAGUUUAGUUAGUGCAAAAGAUGUUAAUGUUCUGUCCUACGUGUGGCAACUUACUGCUGGUAGAGGAAGGCACCGAUGCGCUUAGGUUUUCCUGUAACACAUGUCCUUACAUCUGCAAAAUAAGGCAACGAAUUUCCAGCCGAAUCUACCCGAAGCUUAAAGAAGUAGACCAUGUGAUGGGUGGGUCGGCCGCAUGGGAAAACGUGGAUUCGACAGACGCGGUGUGCCCUUCCUGCUCCAAUAACCGAGCAUACUUUAUGCAAAUGCAAACUCGUUCGGCUGAUGAGCCGAUGACAACUUUCUACAAGUGCUGUAAUCAAACGUGUGGCCAUAAUUGGCGCGAUUAG